AUGUUCAACAAUAAAUCAGCAAUUAUUUAUACUUUGAAAAAUCAAAUUUCACAUCUUGCUAUUAUGAUUAAUGAAGAACACGUAUUUGAUCAAAAGAAAGAAUUAUCUCGAAUGGUUUUCACUGAUGUUUUCCAAACAUUUACGAAUCUAGCACAUCUUCAGUUUUAUUUUCAAGAUCAUUAUUCAUAUUUACCAAUCUCAGCUGUAGAUUUGCCAUUAUCAGCAUGCUACUCAUCUCAUAUUGUUUGUUUAAAUAUAAAAAUAUUUGAUUUUGAUGUUUGUUAUUAUCUACUUGAUGGACGUCUUAGCCAAAUUCAUACACUCAUUGUUAAUGUUCAACGAAUUCGACAAACGUCAAUGGUCAACAAAGAUAAGAAAAUUGUUUCAAAUCUCAAAUGUUUUUCAUUAAUUUCACUGAGACGAACAACUGUAUAUGAUAAUCUAAUUGUACCGUUUAUUAGCCAAAUGUUUUAUUUGGAAAAACUCGUAUUAUCACUUAUUGUUUAUAAUCGAAGAACAUUCGUCGAUGGUAAUUCAUUAGUUAAUGAUAUACUUAGUCCAAUGUUAUAUCUACAUACAUUUAUCUUUAAUAUCAUUACUGAUGGUGUUAGAGUACUUGAAGAACUUAUUUCGCCACCUGAUGUUCUAAGUCAUGCUCUCGUCGAAAGAGGAUAUGAUUUAGACUGUUAUACUGACUACAAUCCAUUAAGUAGAGGUCAAUAUCAUAUUUACUCGCUUCCAUUUGUUAUGGAUCGCAUACAUAUACAUUCAAAUAAAUUUCCUAUCGGUUUGUUUUGUACUGUUCGUUAUUUAUACGUACACGAUUUCAUUCAUCCAUUUGAACACGAAUUUUUUCUUCGAAUCUCGCAAUGUUUUCCAUUAUUAAAAGAAUUCGUAGUAUUUAAUCCAAAUCCACAAAAGAAGAAGAUAACAGAAGAGUACCAAAAUGAAAAGACGUUGGUGGUAGCCAAGUUUUCUUAUCUAAUCAGACUUAAUCUUUGUGGAUCAUACAUCGACUAUACAAAACAAUUUCUUUUCGAUUGUAACACAUGUCUACCUUCUCUUCGUACAUUACAUAUUAAUUAUGAACAUUUAGUUAUGGUAACAGAGAAUUUUGCAAAUACUGCUGCUCGUACUAACUGCGCAAACUUAAAACGUCUUAUUUUUGAUUUACAACCAAUGAUAUAUCCAGAAAAUUUUUUUCGUUAUUUUCCUUUAUUAUGA